GUGAUAAUUACACGUUGAUUCUUCUCUACUAAUCACAAAGAUAUUGGCACCCUUUAUCUAGUAUUUGGUGCUUGAGCCGGAAUAGUCGGGACCGCCCUAAGCCUUCUAAUUCGAGCAGAACUAAGCCAGCCAGGCUCCCUCCUAGGGGACGACCAGAUCUAUAAUGUAAUCGUAACAGCACAUGCAUUCGUAAUAAUUUUCUUUAUAGUGAUGCCCAUUAUGAUUGGAGGCUUUGGGAACUGACUAGUUCCUCUGAUAAUCGGAGCCCCUGAUAUAGCAUUUCCACGUAUAAAUAACAUAAGCUUCUGACUGCUACCUCCUUCAUUUCUCCUCUUACUUGCAUCCUCCGGAGUAGAAGCUGGAGCCGGGACAGGCUGAACCGUCUACCCCCCUCUAGCCGGGAACUUAGCCCAUGCGGGUGCAUCCGUUGAUCUCACCAUUUUCUCCCUCCAUCUGGCAGGGGUGUCCUCAAUUCUGGGUGCUAUUAACUUUAUUACAACAAUUAUUAACAUAAAACCCCCCGCAAUUUCCCAAUACCAAACACCUCUGUUUGUCUGAGCAGUCCUAGUUACUGCAGUCCUUCUUCUUCUUUCCCUCCCCGUAUUAGCUGCCGGAAUCACAAUACUUUUAACAGACCGAAACCUAAAUACCACCUUCUUCGACCCCGCAGGAGGAGGGGAUCCUAUCCUCUACCAACACCUUUUCUGAUUCUUCGGUCAUCCUGAAGUCUAUAUUCUUAUUCUACCAGGCUUUGGUAUAAUUUCACACAUUGUAGCCUACUAUGCCGGUAAAAAAGAGCCCUUUGGUUACAUAGGUAUGGUCUGAGCAAUAAUGGCUAUUGGUCUUCUCGGCUUUAUUGUAUGAGCCCAUCACAUGUUUACCGUCGGGAUGGACGUGGACACCCGAGCCUAUUUCACUUCCGCGACAAUGAUUAUUGCUAUUCCUACAGGGGUUAAAGUCUUUAGCUGACUAGCAACCCUCCACGGAGGUGCAAUUAAAUGAGAAACCCCCCUGCUAUGAGCUCUUGGCUUUAUUUUCCUAUUCACCGUGGGGGGCCUCACAGGUAUUGUGCUAGCCAAUUCUUCCCUAGACAUUGUCCUGCAUGAUACUUAUUACGUUGUAGCCCACUUCCACUAUGUCCUCUCCAUAGGAGCAGUUUUCGCUAUUAUUGCCGCAUUCGUCCACUGAUUCCCGCUAUUUUCAGGAUACACCCUCCACAGCACCUGAACAAAAAUUCACUUCGGCAUUAUGUUCCUGGGUGUUAACCUAACAUUCUUUCCCCAACAUUUCCUAGGCCUUGCCGGAAUACCUCGACGGUACUCAGACUACCCCGACGCAUAUACUUUAUGAAACACUGUCUCCUCUUUUGGCUCUCUUAUUUCUCUGAUCGCUGUAAUUAUGUUCCUAUUUAUUAUCUGAGAAGCUUUCUCCGCAAAACGAGAAGUCCUGUCAGUAGAAUUCACUGCAACUAAUCUAGAAUGACUGCACGGUUGCCCUCCUCCCUACCACACCUUUGAAGAACCUGCAUUCGUCCAAGUCCCACAAGCCUAA